AUGUUCACCUCGACUAACUUGACGAUCGAUCCCCGAAGGGAAGCCUUGGCUGGUGAAGUAGAACACGCUCUCCUCGCAGUCCUCAACAAGGACAGCCCAACGCGGCUCACGCCCAACGGUGCUCCACGCUCGCCCGAUAUGUCCCUCGACAGUCUCAUGCUGCUAGCCUCCACCAAGUGGGCCACGAGAGUCGGCCUAGGUCACCGCAUCCCGAACGGUCGCAUUUCCUUACUUCGUCCCAACUACCUGCCUGAAGACUCUCACCUGGAACGCGAAGGAGAUGACAUACGGGAAUUGGAAGAGGAGAAGAAUUCGAAGAAGAAGAAGAAGAAGAAGAAGAAGAAGAAGAAGAAGAAGAAGAAGAAGGGGCCGUACUGUCUCCGCAAGAGCUAA